AUGCUCGUGUUGGGAGGAAGAGAUGGUUAUAGCGGUGAUGACUUAAUUCGGGAGUGGGGGCUUUCCCAUCUAAAUACAGAAACCUGGAAUUGGAUGAAGUACUGCCGUACUGCUGGGCACUAUAAGUUGAAUAAAGCGGGGGUUACAGUCCGUUUAAAAGAGACUUGA